AUGUCGGGCGCGCCGGAGCACGUGCAGGAGAAGAAGAAGGUCAACUUGAGCCACGAUCCGAGUGGCGCAGAGAAGCGCGGUGAUGAUGAGACCGCCACCGCGAUCCUGAAGAAGAAGAAGAAGCCCAACAGCUUGAUCGUGACUGAUGCCACCACCGAUGACAACUCCAUCAUCGCCCUCUCAAACAACACCAUGGAGACUCUCCAGCUCUUCCGUGGCGACACAGUCUUGGUCAAGGGCAAGAAGAGGAAGGACACCGUGCUGAUUGUGCUAGCUGAUGACGACCUCGAAGACGGCUCCGCUCGCAUGAACCGUGUCGUGCGCCACAAUCUCCGCGUCAAGCUCGGCGAUGUGGUCACCGUCAACCCAUGCCCAGACAUCAAAUACGCCAAGCGCCUGGCAGUCCUGCCGAUGGCUGACACCAUUGAGGGUCUGACCGGCUCUCUCUUCGACGUCUUCCUCGCCCCAUACUUCCGCGAAGCCUACCGACCAGUCAGACAAGGUGAUCUCUUCACAUGCAGAGCUGCCAUGAGGACAGUGGAGUUCAAGGUCGUCGAGGUUGAUCCUCCAGAGUACGGCAUCGUGGCACAAGACACCGUCAUCCACUGCGAGGGUGAGCCGAUCCAGCGCGAGGAUGAGGAGGGUAACCUGAACGAGGUGGGCUACGACGACAUUGGCGGCUGCCGCAAGCAGAUGGCGCAGGUCCGUGAGUUGGUCGAGCUGCCGCUCAGACAUCCUCAACUCUUCAAAUCCAUUGGUAUCAAGCCACCGCGCGGUAUCCUCAUGUAUGGGCCGCCAGGUACCGGUAAGACUUUGAUGGCUCGCGCUGUCGCCAACGAGACUGGCGCGUUCUUCUUCUUGAUCAACGGCCCAGAGAUCAUGUCGAAGAUGGCUGGUGAGUCCGAGAGCAAUUUGCGCAAGGCGUUUGAGGAGGCGGAGAAGAACAGCCCGGCUAUCAUCUUCAUCGACGAAAUUGACUCGAUCGCACCCAAGCGUGAGAAGACCAACGGCGAGGUUGAGAGGCGUGUGGUUUCUCAGCUGCUCACUCUCAUGGACGGCAUGAAGGCCCGCUCCAACGUUGUCGUUAUGGCAGCCACCAACCGCCCCAACUCCAUCGAUCCCGCCCUUCGUCGUUUCGGCCGCUUCGAUCGUGAAGUCGACAUCGGCAUUCCCGAUCCUACCGGCCGUCUCGAGAUCCUCCAGAUCCACACCAAGAACAUGAAGCUCGCCGAUGAGGUCGAUCUCGAACAGAUUGCCGCCGAGACUCACGGCUACGUCGGUUCGGAUAUCGCUUCGCUCUGCUCUGAGGCUGCCAUGCAGCAGAUUCGUGAGAAGAUGGACCUGAUUGAUUUGGACGAGGAUACCAUUGAUGCUGAGGUUCUUGACAGCCUGGGCGUCACGCAAGAGAACUUCAGCUUCGCCCUCGGUGUCAGCAACCCAUCCGCCCUGCGCGAGGUUGCUGUUGUCGAGGUGCCCAACGUGCGAUGGGACGAUAUCGGUGGUCUGGAGGAUGUCAAGCGCGAGCUCAUCGAGUCCGUGCAGUAUCCCGUCGACCAUCCGGAGAAAUUCCUCAAAUUCGGCAUGUCUCCUUCGCGUGGUGUGCUCUUCUAUGGUCCUCCUGGUACGGGUAAGACGUUGCUCGCCAAGGCAGUCGCCAACGAGUGCUCCGCCAACUUCAUCUCUGUCAAGGGUCCCGAGCUGCUUUCCAUGUGGUUUGGUGAGUCCGAGAGCAACAUCCGUGACAUUUUCGACAAGGCCCGUGCUGCUGCUCCUUGCGUUGUCUUCCUUGACGAGUUGGACUCCAUCGCCAAGUCCCGUGGUGGCUCUGUCGGCGAUGCAGGUGGUGCCUCCGACCGUGUUGUCAACCAGCUUCUCACUGAGAUGGACGGCAUGACCAGCAAGAAGAACGUCUUCGUCAUCGGCGCGACCAACAGGCCUGAGCAGCUCGACAACGCUCUCUGCCGUCCCGGUCGUCUCGACACCCUCGUCUACGUCCCUCUCCCUGAUCAAGCCGGCCGCGAGAGCAUCCUCAGGGCCCAGCUCCGCAAGACGCCCGUCGCUCCCGAUGUCGAUCUCGCCUACAUCGCCAGCAAGACCCAUGGCUUCUCCGGUGCCGAUCUGGGCUUCAUCACCCAGCGUGCCGUCAAGCUCGCCAUCAAGGAGAGCAUCGGCAUCGCCAUCGACAACGAGAAGAAGCGUGAGGCUGCUGCCGGCCAAGGCGACGAUGUCAAGAUGGAGGAGGACAUUGACGCGGAGGACCCUGUGCCGGAGUUGACCAAGAGGCACUUCGAGGAGGCUAUGAGUAUGGCUCGUCGCUCGGUUACGGACACCGAGAUUAGACGGUACGAGUCUUUCGCGCAGAGCAUGAAGAGCUCGGCUGGUGGCAGUGCGUUCUUCCGCUUCCCCGAGGGUGGCGAGGAGGGUGGUAAUGGUGCGCAGCAGCAGAACGGUGCGGGCGAAGAGGACUUGUAUGACUAG